CCGGCCAGUAUAAUUGAUCCGUGGUGCGGCCGGCCGGCGUCGUACGUCGUCCAUGGCCAUCCACCACCCGCACCUCCUCGACUUCUCGCCGCCUCCGAACACGGUGGCCAUGGAGGAGGCGCCGCCCCCACCCCACUUCGACCACGGCCUCCUCGGGCUCCAUGUCGAUGGCAUGCCUCAUCGCGUCCUCGCCGACGACGCGCCGGUGGCGGCAUGGGCGCCGCAGGCCGUGGUCUCCCACUCCCUGUACGGAUACGAUAACACAGCAGCGGGGGCGUCGUCGCUGUUUGGCCACCAUGAGGCAUCAGAGGCCCAGUUCUCCGUGCUUCCGCCGGCAGCGUCGUCGUUUGCACUACUACCUAACCACCACCACCAGCAGCAGCUGCCGACGACGACGGCGGCGUCGAGCAUGCAGCAGCCGUUCCAGCUGAGGAGCUCCAAGUACCUGGGUCCUGCGCAGGAGCUGCUCGCCGAGUUCUGCAGCCUGGAAGGGGACCUGCUGCACGCCACGAACAAGCAGGGAGCUUCCGGAGCAGCAGCAGGUAACAGCAGGUGGGACGACGUGGAGACGUCGUCGUCUUCUUCUGCUGGCCUCUGGGGGCACCUGUCCCUGAGCUCCAUGGAUCUCCUGGAGCUCGAGAGGAGGAAGGCCAGGCUCUUGUCCAUGGUUGAAGAGGUGGACCGGCGGUACCGGCGAUACCGCGAGCAGAUGAGGUCAGUGGAGGUGUCGUUCGAGGCGGUGGCCGGAGCCGGCGCGUCGCAGGUGUACACGCGGCUGGCGCUGCGGGCCAUGUCGCGGCACUUCCGGUGCCUGCGGGAUGCGCUGGUGGCGCAGGUGCGCGCUCUGCGGAAGGCCAUGGGGGAGAGGGACGGCGGCCCAGCUGGUGCGGCGGCGGGCGCCACCAAGGGCGACACGCCCAGGCUCAAGGUGUUGGACCAGUGCCUGCGGCAGCAGCGGGCGUUCCAGCACCCGGGCACCAUCGACAACUACCCGUGGCGGCCCCAGCGCGGCCUGCCGGAGCGCGCCGUCGCCGUCCUCCGAGCCUGGCUCUUCGAACACUUCCUCCACCCGUAUCCGAACGAUGUGGACAAGCACAUUCUAGCGCGCCAGACAGGACUGUCAAGAAGCCAGGUUUCCAAUUGGUUCAUCAACGCCAGGGUGAGGCUGUGGAAGCCGAUGAUAGAGGAGAUGUACACGGAAGAAGUGAACCCGAAACCGGCCGACGACACAAGCCAAAACCCUAGCGCCGGUGGCGGCGUCGGCGUCGGCGUCGCCAUCAAACCUGAGCAGCAGGUGAGCACAGCUGCGGCGGGAGCCACCAUCGGAGGCGGCGGCGGCGACCAUCUGUUCGGUCCUAGUUAUCCCAGCAUGUACGGGAGCCACGGCGGCGCCGUGUCGCUUACCCUAGGGCUCCAGCAGCAGCCGUUUGCGUCGACGAUGAUGCACCAGCGACGACCACUGAUGACGUUUCAAGGUGACGAGCAAGAGCCGGCGCUGCCGUACAGAGACCUUAUGGGCUCUCAGUUGCUGCAUCAUUUCGCUGGGUAGCUUGUUACCUACACAUGCUUGCUAGCUAGCUAGGAGGGUGGGUAUACGGUGGCUAAAUUUUUAUAUAUAUUAAAGACAAGGUAAAUUUUGUUUAAAUUUCUUGUCGACUAAACGAUCGAUAUAUAUACCAAAUUAAGC